AUGGGCCUGCAGCUCUUAUAUGAAGAGUUGGACCGACUGGCUAAUGGCAUCUCGAAGGUUGCUGAUCCAUUCCUUGAUAAAAUCGCGCCUAGGAGAACUAUACAACGAGCUUACGUUGCCAUCGCUGCGAUAGGUAUAUUGUUUUGGCUGGUGGAGGCGUUGUUGCUGCUCCUGCUCACACCCCUGCUGGUCAAGCUUCUGCGACAACCCCCCAGCGGAAAGGCAGACGCGAAAACACAACUGAAGAAGGCCAAGGGUGCCGCUACACAAGCAGUCGCGCGUCUUGUGGGGUCGAUCCACAAUAGCAUACAGGUUCCCGUUGGCCUGCUGAUACUGAUGGAGGCCAGUUUUCAGAGUGACCGUGUGUACGCGAACAGCAGCUUGUCAUACGCCAUGUGCUACCUGUCAGCCGGUUACUUCCUACACGACCUGAUUAUGUGCGCAAUGCGCUUCGCACUGGAAGGCCCGCUAUACACCAUUCAUGCGCUGGCGUGUCAUCUGGCAUACACCUUUGGGGCGGUGACGGGGUUCCUGCAUUUCCACGGCGCGGCGUUUUUAAUGUGGGAGAUCAGCACACCCUUCGUACAUUUCAGGUGGCUCAUGUACAAGAUCGGAAUGGCGAACUCCGUUUUGUACCUCGUUAACGGGUUGCUGAUGAUCGUUGCGUUUUUCGGCUGCCGUAACGUUUGGGGCUACUUUCAGUCGUACAUCUUGGUCUCGGACGUCGUCCGCGAGCGGUACCGGCCCGACUCACCGUUUCCAGCGGCUGCGACCGUGGGUUACUGCUUCGUGGCUGUGGUUAUGAACACCCUGAAUACAUAUUGGUUUGUCAAGAUGGUGGCGGCGGCCAUGGCAGUGUUCCUCAAGGGGAAGAAGGGCGGAGAAGUGGGCUCGCACAAGGACGAGUAG